AUGCGGCUGCGUACAACGGUCCCCAUCGCUCUCUCCUCUGCCUUAUGGCUGACGAAGUCUCGUGCGGCUUAUGUCGCUCCCGAGGUCCUCGAUGCCUGCCCAGGCUACGUCGCCAAGCAGGCCACCUAUUCUCAUGGUGGAAGCGAGGCUCAGAUUGACCUUACUCUGGCCAGCUCUCCUGGUUGCAAUGUCUUCGGUCAGGACAUCGAGAACCUGCGCGUCACCGUCGCUUACGAGACUGGCAAGUUCAUUACAUUCCAGGAUCGUCUUCAUGUCAAGAUUACCGACGCCAACAAUGAGCGCUAUGAGGUCCCCGAAGACGUCUUCCCUCGCCCACCCAACCGCCGCAUCCUCCCCGAGCGAUCCAACCUUGUCUUCAACUACACUUCCGACCCAGAGCCCUUCUACCUCACUGUCUCUCGUCGCUCGACUGGUGAAGUCCUCUUCUCCACCAAGGACCACCCCUUGAUCUUCGAAGACCAAUACCUCCGAGUCAAGACCGAUCUCCCAGCCGGUGCCAACAUCUACGGUUUCGGUGAGCACACUGAGACCUUCCGUCUCGAUGCAAACAACUAUGGUCGUGGCAUGGUCCGCACCCUCUGGAGCCGCGACUCCUACGGUGUCCCCAAUGGCACCAACCUUUACGGAAACCACCCCGUCUAUUUCGAGCAUCGUACCACUGGUACUCACGGUGUCUUCCUCCUCAACUCCAACGGCAUGGACGUCAAGCUCAACGAGACCGCCACCGGCACCUCUCUUGAGUACAACGUUAUCGGUGGUGUUCUCGACUUCUAUUUCUUGGCUGGUAGUGAGAGCAACCCUGAGGCUCUUGCCAAGCAGUAUGCCGAGGUUUCUGGUUUGGCUCCCCUCUUCCCUUACUGGGGUCUCGGUUUGCACCAGUGCCGAUUUGGCUACAAGAACUACGUUGAGGUUGCCAGUGUUAUCGCUCGAUACAGGGAGGCCGGUAUCCCUCUCGAGACCAUGUGGACCGAUAUCGACUACAUGGACAGGCGUCUCAUCUUCACAUUGGACCCUCAAUACUUCCCCUUGAACCGUAUGCGCGAGAUCGUCUCUCACCUCCACGAGAACAAGCAACACUUCAUCGUCAUGACCGACCCUGCAGUGGGCGUUCUUCCGGACGAGUCCUAUCCUCCCUUCGAGCGUGGCGAGGAGCUCGGAGUCUGGCUCAAGAACCGAGACGGAUCUAACCACCUUGGACUCGUAUGGCCCGGUGUCACCGUCUUCCCCGAUUGGUUCCACCCUAACGUUGAGCAGUACUGGAAUGGCGAGUUCGAGCGCUUCUACAAUGCCGAGGACGGCUUGAACAUCGAUGGAGCAUGGAUCGACAUGAACGAGCCCGCCAGCUUCUGCGACUACCCCUGCCUCGACCCCUGGGGUGAAGCCAUCAAGCAGAACCUUCCUCCUCCCCGUGACCAAGAGCCCCCCGCCCCUGACGCACCCAUCUUCGUUGAAGGCAGCACUGACUGGUAUGCCCCGAUCCAGACCAGCGCGCCUGGUGUCUCUUCCAACGUCAUCGAAGAAUCUUCCAGCACCCUCGAGCGCCGCCAGACCUCCGACGACGAGCACCUCUUGAACCCUCCCUAUGCCAUCGACAACGAGUUCGGCCCCAUCUCCUCCCGCACUGCCUACACCAACAUCAUUCACGCCAACGGUCUCUCCGAGUACGACACCCACAACUUGUACGGCAGCAUGAUGUCCACCUUCACCCGCAAGGCUAUGAUCAACAGGCGCCCCGGACGCCGCCCCUUCAUCAUCACUCGUUCGACCUUUGCUGGUGCCGGACGCGAUGUUGGCAAGUGGCUCGGUGACAACGUUAGCUCUUGGGAGCACUACCGCAUGAGCAUUGCCUCCAUGCUCAACUUUGCUGCCAUCUUCAACAUGCCUUUGGUCGGAAGCGAUGUCUGCGGCUUCGUCGGCGAUACCACUGAGGAGCUCUGUGCUCGAUGGGCCCUCGUUGGUGCUUUCAACCCCUUCUUCCGCAACCACAACGGUGAGAACCACGUCAGCCAAGAGUUCUAUGUCUGGCCCAAGACGGCUGAGGCUGCCAGGGCUGCCAUCGACAUUCGAUACCGCCUCCUUGACUACCUCUACACUGGCCUCUACCAGGCUCACCUCGACGGUACCCCAGUUCUCUCCCCCGUCUGGUACAAGUUCCCCAAGGACACCGAGACCUUCCCCAUCGACCUCCAAUUCUUCUACGGCGCCCACAUCCUCGUCUCCCCCGUCACCGAGGAAGGCUCCACCUCGGUCACCUACUACCUCCCCGCCGACACCUGGUACGACUUCUUCACGCUCGCCCCCGUCACCCGCACCGGCUGGGUCACCCAGCACCGCGUCUCGCACGCCCAGAUCCCCAUGCACAUCCGCGGUGGCGCCGUCCUCCCUCUCCGCUCCGAGAUGGCCAUGACCACCGCCGAGCUGCGCACCAAGCCCUUCGACAUCGUCGUCGCCCCCGAUGCCCGUGGCAACGCCUCUGGCUCGCUCUACAUCGACGAUGGCGAGACUAUCGACCCCAGCCCGUCUGAUGUCACCAACGUCGAGUUCUCGUACCGCAACCGCCGCCUCAGGGUUUCCGGCCGCUUCGGAUACAAGAUUGAGCGUGGUGUGCAGUGGAGGACUGUCAAGUUUGCUGGUGUUGAUAGGCAGCCUCUUAUGGUCCUCGUCAACGGUUUCCCAAUCAUCCAGAGGGAGAGGAUCAGGUACGACAGGAGGCAGAAGACUUUGGAGGUUGAUGUCAACCUCUCGAGGUUUGCUGGCUUCGAGGUCGUCUUGGUCUAA